UGCAGCGUCGGCGGUCAUUUCGUAGAAGGUCGCCAAGGAGUUCGAGUGCUGGCGGAUUGCACAGCCCCAAGCGUCAUCAUUCCACUCUCCUCCACCCUGCUGCCACUACGAAAAAUGUCAUCCUCCAGCGACCGGAAAAAACCCCACAUUGCCUUCCUCCCGAGCGCCGGCAUGGGCCAUCUGAAGCCCUUCUGCAGCCUCGCGGCCGCGCUCUCCGAGCGCGGUUGCGACGUCUCCUUCAUCACCGUCCACCCCGCCGUGUCCGAAGCCGAAUCCUGCCAUGUUUCCAACUUCUUUGCUGCUUUCCCUCGUAUCCGUCGUCUGGACUUUGACCUCGGCGCAUUCGAUCCCUCCGGCGUUGCCUCCACCGACCCUUUCUUUCUCCGCGUGGAGGCAAUUCGCCGCUCGGCGCACCUCCUCCCCGCUCUCCUCGCCGCCUCAUCUCCGGGACCGAAAGUUGAUAGAGAAGAUGGAGAAGUGGAGUUGGAGGGUUUGUUGGGUGAAAGAUAUUUAGAACGAGUGAAGGAUAGGGGGUUGGUGGUGAAGGGUUGGGUGGACCAAGAGGAGAUUCUGAGGCACAGAGCUAUUGGUGGCUUUCUUAGCCAUUGUGGGGCGAACUCGGUGUUUGAGGCGGCGUUCCAUGGUGUUCCGGUCCUGGGGUGGCCGGAAGGAGGGGACCAGAGGGUGAAUGCAGAGGUGGUGGUUAGGAGCGGGCUUGGGAUUUGGGUGAAGGAGUGGAGCUGGGAGGGUGAAGAGGAGGUGGUGAUGGGGGAGGAGAUCGGUGAGCGAGUGAGGCAUCUGAUGGAGGAUGAGGGCCUGCAAGCUUCAGCAGCGAGAUUGAGGGAGGGGGCUGUGAAGGCUGUGGCUGAGGAUGGGAGCUCUGGCAAGGGGUUGGCAGAGUUCAUUCGUAUGCUAUAAAGAUGCCAUGAAGCUGAGGUUGUUUCUUUAUCAACAAAUUUAGUAGUGAUCUCGUUUGAGUAAAUUUCGAUGGCAUUCAUGGAGGCAUCCUAUGGGUGUGGUCAGGGAGUCAACAGGUCAAUAAUCUAAGUGAUAUCAUGCUGAGUGAACGGGUCCCCUGAAUUAUUAAAUCUUUCAUGCCACUUCAAUUAGUGUCCCCUAGAAUUUGUUUACUAUUUUGUGCUAGCGUUUACAAGAUACGACUUUUGAAUUAUGGUUAUGCAUUCAAAGGAAUAUAUGAUGGCCCCUAUUUAUCUGCAUAGU